CAGGCUUGCUAGGUGCACAACAAGGUACAUAGCUAUAACGUUCUAGUUACAGAAUGAGUUUGCGUUCCAUAGGUUUAAGUAUUUAAGUUGCCAUUCAAAAUGUAAUAGAAAACAAAAAUGAAGGGAAACGCUUUCGAAAUGUACCUUUCUAGGGGAAGAUUUUCAGCCAGGUCGAAAAAGCAGCUUCCUUUCUCCUGCUGAAAGGGGCGUGGCUGUUGAUGCAAAGAUGAACUGAAUAUUCAUAAGGUGACGCGUUGUCAUUGGGUGAAUAAGGCUGAAAAAAUCUAAGGGUUGUGUCUGAGGGUGCUGAUACUGGUUGCUCUCCCAGUUCCCAUCAGAGCAGCUCAACCAGCUCCGGAGACGUUCACCUUAACUGUCCCUGAUGGUCCAACCACGACCCUGUCUGGCUCCUCUGUCUCUCUACUCUGUCAAGUCUCACCUCUCUUCAAUGUGGAGCCAUUGGAGGUGCGCUGGUAUCGUUCCAGUAACUUCCACAGUCCUGUCUUGUUGUACAAAGAUCACAAGAUCCAGGAGGCCCCUGUGGACCCCCGUUACAGGGGCAGGGUGUCUCUAACUGGGGGGCUGGAGAGAGGGAAUGUGUCCCUGACACUGGAGAGAGUCACACUGGAAGACAUGGGGGAGUAUGUGUGCCAAGUCACCAGUGAACAGUGGUAUGAAAAGGCCAGUGUCUUCCUCACAGUGAAUGUAACAGGUAGUGAACCAGUUCUCUCUGUUGCCGAAGCAAGAGGAGGAGGUGGUCAGGUGAACGUUACCUGUUUAUCAGAGGGAUGGUCACCACAACCUAAACUCACCUGGAGAAACAAAGAUGGGACAGAGAUCAGAAAUGAACAAGAAGUGCUCAACACUUCUGAUCCCCAGGGCUUGGUGAGUGUCAGUAGUUGGCUGCUGUACACUCCCUCAUACUCCGAUUGGCUUGCCUGUACAGUCUCUCUGUCUGAGGAGGCGAAGAGAGCGGGAAGAAUUCUGCCACAUAUAAACACAGCUCCUACAGCUGUACCUGGAGUCUCUAAAGAAGCCUACAUUGUGACUCUGGUCCUGUUGGUCCUGUUUCUGGUCAUCUGUGCUCUGUGCUCUGUCAUCCUGUGGAAACGAAGAGGGUCCAUGUGGUCUUCAUCCCGAAAGUCCAGAAACCGUUCAGAUCAAACUGAGCUGGGACAGAGGCCAGCAGAGACAAAAAAACUAAUUGAAGGGGCAGAAAACACAGUGCCGACACCUACUGAACAGAGAGCAGCUGGAAAAGAAGUUCAUCUGGAAGGGGCAGAAAACACAGGUCCGACACCUACCGACCAGAGAGCAGCUGGAAAAGAAGUUCAUCUGGAAGAGACAAAAAACCUAAUUGAAGGGGCAGAAAACACAGUGCCGACCCCUCCCAAACAGAGAGCAGCUGGAAAUGAAGUUAAUCUGGAAGCAGAGACCAACAACUCCAUUGAAGAAGCAGAAAACACAGUGAAGACUCCUACCGAACACAUAUCAUCUGGGGAAGAAAACUCAGUGCCGACACCUACUGAACAGAGAGCAGCUGGAAAAGAAGUUCAUCUGGAAGGGGCAGAAAACACAGUGCCGACACCUACCGACCAGAGAGCAGCUGGAAAAGAAGUUCAUCUGAAAAAGACAAAAAACCUAAUUGAAGGGGCAGAAAACACAGUGCUGAGACCUACCGAACAGAGAGCAGCUGGAAAAGAAGUGAAUCUGGAAGUUGCAGAAAGCACAGUGGCGACACCUACCGACCAGAGAGCAGCUGGAAAAGAACUGAAUCUGGGAGCAGAGUCCAACAACUCCAUUGAAGGAGCAGAAAACACAGUGAAGACUCCUACCGAACACAUAGCAUCUGGUAAAGAAGUUCAUCUGAAAGGGGAAGAAAACUCAGUGCCGACACCUACUGAACAGAGAGCAGCUGGAAAAGAAGUUCAUCUGGAAGGGGCAGAAAACACAGUGCCGAGACAUACCGACCAGAGAGCAGCUGGAAAAGAAGUGAAUCUGAAAGGGGCAGAAAACACAGUGCCAAAAUCUACCGAACAGAGAGCAGAUGGAAAAAAAGUGAAGCUGAAAGGGGCAGAAAACACAGUGUCGAGACCUACUGAACAGAGAGCAGCUGGAAAACAAGUGAAACUGAACGGGGCAGAAAACACAGUGCCGAGACCUACCGAAAGGAGAGCAUCUGGAAAACAAGUGAAUCUGAAAGUACUACCUAAAUGUGCUCCGUUAGGGGCAGAAAACACAGUGCCGAGACCUACCGAAAAGAGAGCAGCUGGAAAACAAGUGAAUCUGAAAGGUGCUCCAUUAGGGGCAGAAAACACACUGCCGACACCUACUGAACAGAGAGCAGCUGGAAAACAAGUUCAUCUGGAAGCAGAGAACAACAACUCCAUUGAAAGAGCAGAAAACACAGUGAAGACUCCUACCGAACACAUAUCAUCUGGUAAAGAAGUUAAUCUGAAAGAUUGGCACCAGGUGAAAGGAUUCAAAGGGGAAGAAAACUCAGUGCCGACACCUACUGAACAGAGAGCAGCUGGAAAACAAGUGAAUCUGGAAGUUGCAGAAAACACAGUGCCGACACCUACCGACCAGAGAGCAGCUGAAGAAGAAGUUAAUCUGAAAGGGGCAGAAAACACAGUGCCGACACCUACUGAACAGAGAGCAGCUGGAAAACAAGUUAAUCUGGAAGGAGCAGAAAACACAGUGAAGAUUCCUACCGAACACAUAUCAUCUGGUAAAGAAGUUAAUCUGAAAGAUUGGCACCAGGUGAAAGGAUUCAAAGAGAACAUAAUUCUGGAUGAAAAGACUGCACAUCCUGUUAUUAGAGUCAAUCGUGGAAAUCAGGCUCAUUACGUUAAAGAAAAAGAUACAGAAAACGCCUCUAUUAGAAUGCAUCUCCAUGUAUUUUCUAAAGAGAGCUUUAGUUCAGGACAACACUAUUGGGAAGUGAAGGUAAAGGAACGAACAACAGGAAAACUGUCAUGGUAUGUUGGUGUGGCCAGUGAAAAUGUUGAGAGAAAUUGUAAUGUUCCUUUGACUCCACAGAAUGGAUUUUGGAUUCUAUCUUUUGAUAAAGAAAAAUGUUUCCAUGUCAAUACUGACCCUCAAUCACCAAUAACUGUGGAAGAGCUCACUAUUGUGGGAGUGUUUCUAGACUGUGACAGACACACUCUGUCUUUUUAUAAUGUUGAUACAGAGUCACCUCUUUACACUUUUACUGAUGUUAAGACAUCAAACUACUUUCCUGUGCUCAGCCCGGGACAACAUGACAAAACCCCAAUAAGAAUAAAUUGAAUGCAUACCAAAACCCCUUUCACACCAGUGAGCCAAGUCUAGCUGUACUGGACUGGCCUGGUUAGUAUAUAUUGGGCCAGCACGAUAGUGUGAAAAGGGUCUGAGAUGCAGGUGAAAUUCAUGUCAAAUGAGACAUGCAUUAUACACAUUUUGUGUUAUUCACUGAUAACAAGUGGUAAAUGUGUGUAUCUUUUUCCCGAAAAGUUUUCAGACACCACAAGAAAAAGAAAGCACUAGUAAUGGCAUCUUUUGGAAGGCAGUACUCCGCCAUGGUUUGUUGAACAAACCCUAUGGGAAAAUGAAUGGAGUUUUGGUAGGGUUUUUGGAUAAACGUUGAAAUAAGGCCUGUGGUAAACGCAGGUUUAGGAGCUAAUCUUCAUCAGCUAACGUCACUUCGAUUUUUUAAAAGCAUUUAUGUAAUCAGAAAAAACACAAAGGCUUAAUUCAUAAUAUCCGUCAGUUAAUACGAACGUUAUCUCAGAUUAAAAUGUAUAACAUCUCCUAAACCUGUGUUAACCUCAGAUGUUAUUUUCUGUGUUUAUCCCAAAACCCUAUUCUUUCCCCCUAAGAAUGGCUGAACGAACCAAAAGUUACUCAAAUUUUUUAAUACUACAAGCUGCCGAGUUUUAUAAAAUCAACCAAAAAUCUUUCACUUUUUUUCUACCUGUAGCUAGAUUAUGAAUGUAUACUGUGAAGCUACUGUAGUACAAGUUAGCAAUAUCCUUUGUUUUCUUGAAUUCUGUUAAAAUGUUGUCCCAAUUAAUAAAUUACUGUAAUCUGUUGAUAAAGUUUCAAAAAUAAGGAAGUUGUACGCUUACAAAGCUGUCAAACCUUGAAUGUUCUGAACAAAUAUAUAAAUGCAACAAUUUUAAA